AUGUCAAAAACAAGUGAAACCAACAAAGAAAUUAAUUACAUCGUUCAAGAGGAAGAAGAAAAAAAAAUUGAAGAACAAGAGGAUUGGAAAACUAUUGUUGAAGAAUGGAAAGAAGAAAAGAAUGAAAUUAUUACAAUAAAUAAAGAACAGAAUAAAUUAUUCUUUAGAUAUUUGUCAUUAAUACAGAAUAGUGUUUAUCAUCGUUUUGCAUUAUUUCAAAUAGAAGACUCAAUUAAACAUGUUUCACAUUCUCAAAAUGAAUACUUUGCAUUGUUUUGGAGAUGUAUUAAAGAAUAUUGUGAUGACAAUUCAGAAAUUAGAAAUCCUAAAGCAUUAGAAAUUAUUCCAUUACAACUUCCUUCUUCAAUUAAAAUUAACUUUUCAUUUGAAAUUAAACAAAUUAAAAAUAAAUUGAUUGUAGAGUUUAAUUCAUCUCCAAUUCUUUUUCUUGAUGGAGAAUUUCCAGCUAAUUGCUCUGAAAGACAUAAUUCAAUUCAAAAUAUUUUUAAUGGAGAAUUAGCUGUAUUAAAUAUUCCUAUUCAUAAGGGUUUUGAAAGUUCAAUUCAACUUCAUUUAAAAUCAAAUUUAAAGUAUGAUAUUCAUUAUGGAGGUUAUGAGUAUCAAAUUAAACACAUGAAUAUUGAUAACAUGAAAGUAGGGGAUAUGUUUUUAACAAUGCACUCAAAUAUGUAUUACAAUGUAGUUAUUCAUUCAUUUUUUAAUGAAAAUAAUGCGUUUCAAUUUGGCUCAAAUGAAAAAAGUAUGGUGUAUUAUUCAAAUCUUAUCUUUAAAUGCCAUCAAAUGAAAGCUUCUUCUUUAUUCUUUGUUCUUGAUGAUAUUGGAAACGAAAAUUUGAUUGAACAAGUUAUGGUUGAAAUGUUUACAAAUAUUAGACAGUCUUUAAUUAAUGAAGGAUUCACAACGUUAAAAACAAUAGGAUUCAUUUGCUCUGAAGAAAUAACAUCCCAAACCACUUUAAAAACAUUUUUCACAUCAAAAAUCCAUGUCCAAUAA